AAAACUAGUUCUGCUGCAUAAUAACCAACCAUGACUACAGAAUCGGGAUCAGAUUCGGAGUCCAAGGAUAAAGAGCAGGAUCAGCAGGAGGCCCCAGUGCAGCAGGGCACGGCAGAACCGCAGCCGCAGGACCAGCAGCAGCAGCAGCAACAGCUGAGUGAAGAGCAUCAAAACGCCCUCGAGCAGUUUUCAGCAGUGGCAGCUCACAGCACACCUGUGAAAAAGGAGCAGGCCACAGACAAAGAACAGGAGCUAGCUGCUGCAAGUGCAAAACAGCUGGAAUACCAGCAGUUAGAGGACGACAAACUCUCUCAAAAAUCAUCAUCUAGCAAACUUUCCAAGUCUCCUCUAAAGAUUGUGAAGAAACCUAAAAAUAUGCAGUGCAAAGUGACACUCCUGGAUGGAUCUGAAUACGCAUGUGAAGUAGAGAAACGGUCCAGAGGUCAAGUGCUAUUCGACAAAGUGUGUGAGCAUCUGAACCUUUUGGAGAAGGACUACUUUGGACUAACAUACAGAGACGCAGAAAACCAAAAGAAUUGGUUGGACCCUGCCAAGGAAAUCAAAAAGCAGAUCCGAAGUGGUGCUUGGCAGUUUGCAUUUAAUGUGAAAUUCUACCCUCCAGACCCUGCCCAGCUAUCUGAAGAUAUUACCAGGUACUACCUCUGCUUGCAGCUGAGAGAUGACAUUGUUUCUGGUCGACUGCCCUGCUCUUUUGUCACGCUCGCUCUCCUGGGCUCCUAUACUGUGCAGUCGGAGCUUGGCGAUUAUGACCCCGAUGAAUAUGGCAGCGACUACGUCAGUGAAUUCCGCUUUGCACCAAACCACACUAAAGAACUGGAAGACAAAGUCAUUGAGUUGCACAAGAGCCACAGGGGAAUGACACCUGCAGAGGCUGAGAUGCAUUUCCUGGAGAAUGCCAAAAAAUUAUCAAUGUAUGGAGUAGAUCUCCAUCAUGCCAAGGAUUCUGAAGGAGUGGAGAUCAUGUUAGGUGUUUGUGCGAGUGGUCUCUUAAUAUAUCGAGACAGACUGAGAAUAAAUAGAUUUGCCUGGCCAAAGGUUCUGAAAAUUUCAUACAAGAGGAACAACUUCUACAUCAAAAUCCGACCAGGGGAGUUUGAGCAGUUUGAAAGCACUAUUGGGUUUAAGUUGCCAAAUCAUCGUGCUGCAAAGCGCUUAUGGAAAGUAUGUGUUGAACACCAUACAUUUUUCAGGCUCCUGCUACCAGAAGCACCUCCAAAGAAAUUCCUCACGCUGGGCUCCAAAUUUCGCUACAGCGGUCGAACACAGGCCCAGACUAGACGAGCCAGUGCGCUAAUAGACCGCCCUGCACCUUAUUUUGAGCGUUCUUCUAGUAAACGUUAUACUAUGUCUCGGAGCUUAGAUGGCGCCUCGGUGAAUGAAAACCAUGAAAUGUACAUGAAGGAUUCUGUGUCUGCUGCAGAGGUUGGUACAGGCCAGUACGCCACAACAAAGGGCAUCUCGCAGACCAACUUGAUAACCACCGUGACGCCAGAGAAAAAGGCAGAAGAGGAGAAAGACGACGAAGAGGGCAAAAAGAAAAGGGCAGAGGAAAUCACCCCAGUCUCGGCAAUACGCCAUGACACAAAGCCAUCUUUGCUUGGCACUGACUCAUUCCCGUCCUCCCCGUCCUCCCAGUCUGGUGGUCCCCAUGCAUCUUCAGCAAAGCUGCGCAGGAGAUGCAAGGAGAGCACUCGAAAAUCAGUAGGUUGUGAGUCAUCUAAAGAGAGUGCUCAAAAGCACGGUGAGUCAGACCUGGACUCUGACAGAAAAGGGAGAGUUUGCUCUGCUGAACAAGACGUGGCUUUUGGCUAUAAGCAGAAAGCCAGUAAAGGUGGAACGUUGUUUUCCUUCUCCUUGCAACUUCCAGAGUCAUUCCCUUCUCUCCUGGAUGACGAUGGCUACCUGUCGCUCCCUAACCUCUCCGAAACCAACCUCCUGCCUGCCAGCGUGCAGCAUUACCUUCCCAUCCGCUCCCCCUCCCUCGUGCCUUGCUUCCUCUUCAUUUUUUUCUUUCUGCUCUCUGCCUCUUUCUCAGUGCCAUAUGCCCUCACUCUCUCCUUCCCUCUGGCUAUGUGCCUCUGCUACCUGGAGCCCAAGGCGGCCUCCUUGAGUGCCUCACUUGCCAAUGACCUGAGUGACAGUUCAGAGGAAGAGACUGACAGUGAGCAGACGGAUACCGCAGCCGAUGGUGAGACCACUGCCACCGAGUCGGAUCAAGAGGAAGAUGGAGAUCUAAAGGCACAGAAUAGUCUGAUUAAGCGAAUACAGGGUGAAAAUGUGUAUGUCAAACAUAGUAAUCUUAUGUUAGAGGACCUAGACAAAACCCAAGAAGAUCUGAUGAAACACCAGACCAAUAUAAGUGAGCUGAAACGAACCUUCUUGGAAACUUCCACAGAAACGUCUAUAUCCAAUGAGUGGGAGAAGAGGCUUUCCACAUCUCCAGUCCGGCUUGCAGCGAGGCAAGAGGACGCGCCUAUGAUUGAACCACUAGUGCCUGAAGAGACCAAAGAAGAAAGAGAAAAAUCAGAAAAACUCAUACUUUUGCAGAAGGGAGGUACUACAUUCCUUGAAUUGCAGCCAAGUGUGAUAGAGAAGAAGCUGCAGGAAGGAGAUUCUGCUGGCACUUUGGUUACUUCUCAUCAAAUCAUUAUCCAGAAAAGUAUACCAUCAUCCAUAGAGACUAAGCAGUCCAGCGGUGAAAAAACCUUGGAUGGUUCAGAUAUCUUCAGUUUAAUAGAGUCCGCCCGGAAACCAACUGAGUUCAUAGGAGGGGUUACUUCUACUUCACAUACCUGGGCUCAGAGAACGGAGACAAAGACAUCUCAGGAGAUAGUUUCCAGUGAAAUGAAGCCAGCAGCUCAGCCACAUCAGGAGACAGUGAAGAAGGUUGUACAGGAGACUGUCGUGGUCGAGGAGAGACAGGGGCUGAGCGUGCACGCGAGCGGGGAUCCUGCGAAAGUGGCUGGACUUGCGCCGGAUGCUCAGGCUCAGGCAGCAUCCGCUGCGGCUGCUAGCGUCAAAGGGAAGGAAGGCUCUGCUGUGACUGAGGGGGCUAAAGACGAGAAAAAGGAGGAGGCUGAGAAAGCCGUAACCAAACAGGAAGGAAUCGCUGCUGCUGUUUCUCGCGAGCAGAAGGAGGAGCACAGUACAGCAGUCCAUGUUUCAGAUUCUUUGGAAAGAAAACCUCACUUUGAGUCACCAGUUGUGAAGACUGAGACCAUCAGUUUUAGCACUGUUUCUAGUGGUGGGGAAAACCUUGAAAUUUCAACCAAGGAAGUGCCAGUAGUCCAUACAGAAACAAAAACCAUUACGUAUGAGUCAUCACAGGUGGAUGGUGGUGCUGACUCAGAACCAGGUGUAUUAAUGAGUGCACAAACUAUCACAUCUGAAACUACUAGCACUACAACCACUACACAUAUCACCAAAACGGUGAAAGGAGGCAUCUCAGAGACAAGAAUUGAAAAACGAAUAGUCAUCACAGGAGAUGCAGAUAUCGAUCAUGAUCAGGCGCUGGCUCAGGCAAUUAAAGAAGCCAAAGAGCAGCACCCUGACAUGUCAGUGACCAAAGUAGUGGUACAUAAAGAAACAGAAAUCACACCAGAAGAUGGGGAGGAUUGACCACAGGAAUAAUUUAGCUUGCAUAUGAAUCCAGACAUGCACACCAGUAGGAAUACGAGAGCCUAUAUGGAGUCUCAGUUCCAACCUGACUGACUUGUAUCUGUCUGUGGAAAAUUUCAGUACAGAAGAAUUGAUUUUGACCGUUACUAAAGAAACUGGCAGAGAUAUCUUCCCAUAGAAAGCAAUCUGAAUCAGCAUCAGUUAAACAAUAUUGCAUGAAGCAACAAUAAAAUUACAAAAAAGCAGCAUUUUUAAUUUUCUUAAAAUGUCUGAGUUUUCAGCUAUACCUGCACGUUCAUAAACAAUAUAAACAGUGAUCUCAUGUAACACAUAAACGAUUCAUGCCUUUCACAGUUUAUGAAAGUCUAAACAAAUUAAAAUUUGUUAGGUGGCAAGCCUUUUGUUUACAGAUACUGUAAAUGAAGAUUACCCCAAAAUGCUAAAAGCUGUAUAGGUACUGUGUAUAAUGUUUUACCACACAUUAGAUGUGCCAAUAACACAGUUUAUUCAGUAAACGACUUGAACCUUAUAUUUGUUUCAUCUGGUUUUAUUACUGCCCGAUAAACACUGAUGAAUCUUUACUCUUAUCAAAAUAUGUAAAGGCUUACAAAGUGUGCUUUGUAUACCUGACAGAAUACCUUAUGAGGUAGUAAUGAUUUUAGCAUAUUAACUUUAAUGAUUUUUGUCAGCAUUGUUCAGAGUCAGCUUCCAGUCACCCUUCACGGAUCCUAACCUUGUAAAUUAUAUGUAGUUAUUUUGGAGAAAAUCUGUAUUUUACUUAGUUUGCAUUAGAAAAUUAUUAAUCUGAAAUAACCGUGAUGGUUUUCUAUUGAUUUCCCUUUUGUUCUCAGAGGAAAGAAAAACGUCUGUUGAGAAUCUGGUCAGCAUUUACUAUCUAGUUGAGAAUCAAGCCUUAACCUGUACAGAACAUCCACUGAAAACUCAUUAGUGUUCAGCUAUAAUACCCACUGAAGGGAUAGAGUCCAUUACACUGUCAGCUGCAUCACAACACAUGGUGAAUGUAUGUUUCUGCAUAGUGAAAUAAAAGUGGUAAACGCAUCCAAAAUUGUAUUGUUCUGUGUCUAAAAGAACCUAGUGUUUUUAGAUUCAAAGCAGUAAGCUACAUUUGUAAGUUGUCACAGGUUUUUAUUCAUCUGCACAGUAGACGCGUUUUGUCUUCAGUGGCUGACACUACACUGUGCAGACAGCUGGAGUUAGCAGAAGACCCAAAGGGAUGACAGUGUUCACCUUUGGGAAAACGAUGUUUGCAAAGGUAAAGGAAUAUUUGGUUUCUUCUGUUUUCUGUAGGUGUCUACUGUGUUUCACUGAGGCUACAGGAAGGAUUUUGUGGUUGUCUAGAAAGUAAAGGGCCAGUAGCAUUUGAUUUCAGAUCCAUUCUCUUUCUGUGAUUUUGCUCUGAAACAUGGAUAAAAUUCUCUGUUCAAAGCAGUCCUUACAUUUCUGUUCCUUUUUUUUGCUGCGCUCCUGCAUUUUGUUGAUGCUCCCCUGGUAAUUUAAGAGAAGUUCGUAAGGAUUAUGACCCUUCCAUCUGUAUUUCCUUGCAGGAUUGCAAGAAAUGGAUACAAGCGAAUUUUUCAGGACAUAAAGGGCCAAAUUUGCCCUUCAUUGUUUACACGGGGUUCCCUCACAUUGAAGUCAGUGGAUUUGACUUCAGUGGAGAGCAAGAUUUGACCCAGUGACUUGUUAUAAAUGUUUAUUUUCUUAAUUUAGAAAGAAAAAUAGUAUAUAUAGAGAAAAUAACCUGUAGAUAAUAGUAAUUAAAAGUAAUAUACCAAGGCUUUUAAAGCUCUGCCCCUAGACUCUAAAAUGUCUUCCUUCAACCAGCCGUUCUUCAUGCCUUUAAUCCAGAAAGCUAACUAUGUAACUGUCCCAUACUGCAGUCAUUGCUUACCUCUUGCCUAAUAAAUAAUGCAAAGACUACAGUCUUUUGUAAUCUUUGAUUUACCUGUCCUCUUCCUCAUCCUUCAGAUUUGUAAAAGAGCGUCUAUAUUCUGUGCCUUCUCAGUGAAGGUAGAAUCAGCUUUCUUCUGCUGCCAGUGCCCCCCAGCAGUCGUAGAUGGAAGAGGUGCUCACCCUAUUUCUCAGCAGACCACGCUCCAGGUUCUUGCUACUGCGUCAGGAGUUUAAAAAUAGACUCUGAAGCCAUAAUGAUCUUCCCUCAGGUGUCCCGUAUGUUGUCAGCUAAGAAACAGUAUUAUAUUACCUCAGAGAGAUGCGGGGCUAUUAUAUUGCCUUCUCUCCAGAGUUAGCAUUAUAUUUUAGCAUGGCUUCAGGAGAUUGCACUUUGGUGAUACUGCACAGUAUAUAUGCUGUCUAAAGAUACUAUCUCUUUAGAAGUUAGUCUCUUUGGAAAGGAUGCUCACAGCUAAGAAAUGGCCUAAGCAUAUGCAAAAUACAAGAUUAGAGUGGACAGGCAACGACAUCUCAGAGCACUGUUGGCAGUAGACCCUUGUUUUGGGGAUGGUUCCUGGGAGCGAUAGUCUUGGUUUUUGUUAGAAACUGUUUCUUGGGUUGUCUGCCUAAUGCUGUGCCACAUGAAAUAAAGAACACCUGCCUGUUUCUACCAAC